AUGAACUCAAUUAACCAAUUAACCCCAGAAGAAAGACAAGCCAAAAAAGAAGAACUGAGAAAAAAUCUAGACCUUCAAAAAGAAUUAUUAAAAGAAAUUGAGGAGGAAGAUCUACAAAAAGAAAAAGAAAAAAAGAAAACUCUAAUAGCAAAAAAAGAAACCGAAUUAAAGAACAUAAAUCAACAAAUCAUAAAUCUAAGGAUUACUAGGGAAAACCUAGCAAAAGAAAUUGAGAAUUUAAAAAUAGAAAUCGGAGAAAAAACUAUUAGUGGAAAAAUUAUUGAAGAAAUACUUAAAGAAGAAGCAAGAGCAGAAAACUCUCAGAAAAGAAAUAUCUCACCAGGGGAUAAAUGGAGUCAAGAAUGGGGAAGAAAGAAUAAUUUUGAAGAAAAUUACUAUAAAAGAAACAAGAAUGAAGAAUUCGGAGUAAAAGAACGAUUAGGAAAAAGAGAAGAAAGAGUUGGAAACUUUGGAUGCAGCAACUGUAAAGAAACAACCCACCUGUUUAAAGAUUGUCCAGAAAUAGAAUGUGGAAACUGUCAAAGAAAAGGACAUAUAAAGAAAUUCUGUCCAGGGUAUUACCCAGAAGAAAAUAAACAAGAAUACAAUAUUAAAGAAAUUUUAGUAGCAAGAAAGGAAGCUGAACAAAACCAUGAAACAGAAAAAAUAGAAAAAAUUGAAGUCGAACUACCAAAUGAAAUUAUCAAAGAAAUAUUUUUACAAACAAUAGAAUCCAUAAGGAACGAAAAAGAAACUCUAGAGAAACAUAAAAAUAAAAGAAUACUGGAUUUACGAAGAAUCUCAAAAGGAUGGACAGGAUUCUUUACAAGAGAAUCUUUUCAAGAAAUAUUCAUGACUAGAAUCUGCAAACCAAGAAAUAAAUUUAAAAAGAAACAACCAUGUACAUGUGGAAUAGACGCUUUUGGACAUUUAAAAGAAACAUGCAGGAAUUGCAUAGAAAAAAUGAAAUACAUAACCGAAAAAGAAAAAAUUUUAAAGAAAGCAUUUGGAAAAGAACUUUUCAAUAAUUGUGACUGUGAAUUUUGUAAAGAAAGAAGGGAUUUUGAAAAAAGAAAAGAAGACCCUAAAAACAAAAAAGCAGAAAUAUACGGGAAAAUAUUUAACCAAAUAGAACAAAAACAAACAGGAUACUAUCAGUGGACAAGAAAAGAUAUUAUAGGAAAUAUACAAUAUCACAAAACUACUAAUGCCCAUAAAAAGGGAUGUAGGACAUGUCAAACAUUAAAGGAAAGAUUAGAUGAAAUACGAGAAUUGGAGAACAAUAGAAAUUUCCAAGAUUAUUAA